GGCUUCCGGAAGAAUGGACCGGUUCGUGGUGCGGAAGGCCCGCGGCUCGGAGAGCCCCCGCCGGCCCGGCCCGGCCCCCCGUGCCUACCGGCAGGCCACCCUCGAGUCCCUUAAGAGAGUUGUGGUUGUGGAAGACAUAAAACGAUGGAAGUCUAUGCUUGAGCUUCCCGGGCAACAAAAAGAGAAUCUGAUUGAAGCUUUGGAGGAGCUGAAGAAGAAAAUACCUUCCAAGGAAGUAUUACUUUCAACAAAAAUAGGUCACACAGUGAAUAAGAUGCGCAAACAUUCUGAUCACGACGUGGCCAGCCUCGCCAAAGAGAUUUACACGGAGUGGAGAACUUUCAUCAAAGACCAUUCAAACAAGCCCUCAAUAGAGGUCAGGAGCGAUCCCAAGACCGAGGCUUUCAGAAAGAACGCGCGGAAGCUGCUUUGUAAAGCCCUGGAUCUAGAGAUUGAUCACCCACUGGCUGAAAAUAUUGAGCGAGAAGCUUUUCAUCUCUCUUCCCGUCUCAUUAGCGCGCCGUACCGCAGAAUGGUGCGAGCUCUUGUCUUCUCAUUAAAGCACAAACCUGAAAUCCGAGCAGAAGUCAAGGCUGGCACGCUCACCGUCCCUGCGUUUGUCCAGAGCCAUAAAAAGUGAGGUGUCGGGCUUGAUCCUGAGGGAGAACUUCACGUGCCCGUGUCUCUGUGGAAGUGGGAGCCCUCUCCGUCAUGAGGGGAGUGCAGAAACACUGACAGUGUGAU